AUCAUCAUUCCUGCAUCUUGGAUUGGUGCAGGUAUCCUCAACAUUCCCCUAUUCCUGACAAUAUAUUUUGACAAGAAGAAAAACUUUUGCAUGGAAUACUGGCCCCCACCUGACUGGCUUCCGAAGGCAUAUAGCUCCACAUGGUUCUUUGUUGCUGGACUCAUUCCGAUACUGUUGAUGAUCAUUUUGUAUUCCAGGGUAGUAUAUGUGCUCUGGUUCCAAAAAGAGGAUGGCACUGUUGAAAACAUCACGCAAAAUACCCGGCAGGUAUCCCACACACUAUCGACUAUAUAAUGAUCUAAUCCUUUAAGUGUAAAUUUCCAGCAUAUGACAUUGCACUUUAAACGUAUAUCUCUUUCUGCAUUUGUCAGUUAUUGUUGUGUGUCCCAGCCAAUUGUAACCCAAAAGUGAUUCAGGAUUUGUUUUCAUCACGGGUUUGAUGCUGAAACCAAAAGCAAAUAAUGACACAGAGUCUCAAGUGGUUAUACCCUGUAUAAUUCAUAUUUUCUUGGUUCAGUAACUCUUGCGGAUUUUUAAGAUAGGUUCCUACUCAAGGCGAACAAAUAUCAGUUUGCUAAGGACUCAUUCGAAUGAUCCAACCUUGUGGUGCCCCUCCAGCUCUGAACGACUCGGAAAGUCAGAGCAUUUGAAAUUAUUAGGCUUCUUGCUGAUUCCUUGAACAGAUCAUUACACUCUGAAAUUAUUAGCCCUAGUCAUUUUAGACAACUGACGUUUUAGCAUGCAAAACAUAAAGUAAUGCCUGUUCGAAAUUUUAACACCUGCGAAGUUUACAGGGCACAAGUUAUUUGAUAUCGAUGCUCUUUACAUCUGAUGUAGAUGAGAAUUUUAAACUUUAUUUUUUUUGUUAUUUCAGGGUGUGUUAAGGGUGCGAAAGCGUGUCACCAGAAUGGUCCUUGUAGUGAGUGUAAUUUAUGGCGUAUGCUGGUUGCCAAACCUGACUACUUACGCGCUCAACUACUUCAGUCCUUCGCAGAACUAUGGAGAUGUUACCUAUAUCACCAGUAUCGUUCUAGUUACGUGCAAUUCUACUGUCAAUCCUUUUAUUUACGUCUUUGUAAACCAGAAAUUUCAAAGAAAAGUCAGAAGUUUGUUAUGU